AUGGGUCCUCUUAUCAUGGAUACCAUCUUUGAUCUCAUUGAAGAGGCUAAGCUCCGUUUUCUCUGGUGGUCUCUUUGUAUUUUCGCCAUUUCCUAUUUCUUAACUCAUACAAGUAAAUCAAUGUGGAUGAAUCUACCAAUGUCCAUUCUUUUUUUUGCGGGUCUGAGGAUUCUUGUGAACAAGGUGGAGUUUCGUUGGAAGGUUCAGUCACCUAAAUUACAAACUUACCUAUCUCAUUUGGAGAAAAAGCAGCUCCCUCUAGACAAUGAGCGCAUCUCUACUUCACUUCCCCCUCCCAAAUGGAAAAAAAAGAUUGAUUCUCCUGCAGUGGAGGCUGCUUUGAACGAUUUCAUUGAUUUAAUAUUGAAGGAUUUUGUUAUAAAUAUGUGGUAUGCCGACAUUACUUCAGAUGGGGAGUUUCCUGAGCAGAUACGCGACUUAAUCAUGGACGCUAUUGCCGAAAUCACAGUUAGGGUUAAAGAGAUUAACAUUGUUGACUUGCUCACAAGUGAUAUAGUUGAUUUAAUAAGCGAUCAUAUAGACCUCUUCAGAAGAAAUCAAGCUGCUAUAGGUGUUGAUGUUAUGUUAACACUGUCUUCUGAGGAGAGGGAUGAAAGAUUGAAGUUCCAUCUGUUGAACUCCAAGGAGCUUCAUCCAGCGCUUAUAUCUCCAGAGAGUGAGUACAAGGUUCUUCAGCGGUUAAUCAGUGGAGUACUAGCUACGGUACUGAGAAAACCAGAAGCUCAGGUCCCUGUCAUUCGAUCAAUAGCUCGGGAAAUUGUGACUUGCUUGAUAUUGCAACCUAUAAUGAAUUUGGCAAGCCCUGCGUAUAUCAAUGAGCUGAUUGAGUCUCUUCUACUUCUCCUUAAUGACGGGGAUAUAAAUUGGCUUCGCUGUGGUGAUCAGAGUUCAAAUGCUCCAACUCACAAUCAUAAUAACGCAUCCUCUGCUGAUUGGGCACAAAUGUUGGAUGCAGCAACUCAGAGAAGAACCGAAGUUCUUAUGCCUGAGAAUCUUGAGAACAUGUGGGCAAGAGGAAGGAAUUACGGAAAGAAAAGUCGUAAAAAUGCCAAAGCUGGAUCUUAUGCAAAAGCAAAACAUUCUUCUGCAGAUAACUCACUCUUUGAUAAACAUUUCGCUCAUGAAACAUUAGUGACUAAACCUGGUGAAACAUUGCAUACCGUGGGCUCAGAUUCCACACUAUAUAAUGUAAUCGCAGCCGUGUUGGAGUCUUCAGCAGAUAAUGACAAGAAUUUAUCUUUUGAAGCAGAUCAUCAACAAGUUGACGAAGCGACUGAUAUCAGGGAUCUUGGCUCUAAUAAACAUAAACUUCCACUCAGGAGAACCGAAAGUACUUCUGUCUUGGGAGCCCAAUCACAUAAAGGUGGGCUCAAUGUGUCCGAGUGCCACUCCCCUGAUUUUAAGAAGCGUGAAUGGUUUUGGGGAAAGACUGCUUCUGAGAUGGUUAUUAGGAAAGAGGGACAAGGUGUUCUAAAGCUUCGGUGCCGGGUGAUGGGAGCCUAUUUUGAGAAACUUGGCGCCACUUCUUUUGCUGUAUAUUCAAUCGCAGUAACCGAUGGGCAAGAAAAAACAUGGUUUGUAAAAAGAAGAUACAGGAACUUUGAGCGAUUGCAUCGACAUCUAAAACAUAUUCCUAACUACACAUUACAUUUGCCUCCCAAAAGGAUAUUUUCCUCAAGCACAGAAGAUGCCUUUGUACAUCAGCGUUGCAUUCAACUUGAUAAAUAUCUCCACGAUCUCCUGUCAAUAGCUAAUGUUGCUGAACAACACGAAGUAUGGGACUUCUUAAGUGUUUCCUCAAAGAAUUACUCUUUUGGGAAAUCUUCUUCAAUGAUGAGGACCCUGGCAGUCAAUGUAGACGAUGCCGUGGACGAUAUAGUACGGCAGUUUAAAGGUGUUUCAGAUGAUUUAAAGCGAAAAGUUGUCACUACAUCAUCCCCUACUGUGGAAGGUUCUUCUACAUCUUUCACUUUGAACAUGGAUGAAAUGGAAAGUAGUAUUCCGAGGAAAAGUGGUGUAGAUAGUGUGUUGUGCUCUGAUAAUGAGGAAGGUGAAAAAGAAUUGAAUCACGGACGUGAGAAUAUCGAUAGAGAAGUAGGAGAAGAUAGCGCGUGGCAUUCUGACAAUGAAUUGAGCUCGAAGGAUAAUUCACAAGGGGUAACAAACCAUGGUAAUGGGCCUGGUAACAUGGAUCUUGAUAGAAAACACGAUGUUGUGAAUGAAGCAAAGGUUGGCAAGGAUGUUCCAACUACAAAUGGAAAUCUAGUUCAUGAUAAUCCGGACGACCCAAUUGGAGUGCCGCCUGAGUGGACCCCUCCUAAUGUGAGUGUCCCUAUUUUGAAUUUGGUUGACAACAUAUUUCAGCUUAAGAAAAGAGGCUGGCUAAGGAGACAAGUUUUUUGGAUAUCAAAGCAGAUACUACAGUUGGUGAUGGAAGACGCAAUUGAUGAUAUACUCCUGACUGAGAUUCAUUGGCUCAGGAGAGAGGAAACCAUCGUCCAAGGAAUUCGGUGGGUCCAAGAUAUCCUCUGGCCCGGUGGCAAGUUUUUCUUACGAGUUCAGACCCCUCAGUUGUUUAUUGGUGGUGGUGUAAUUGAUCAGAAGCCUUUACAAAGUGAAUCUGGUGGAAGUAACGAGCCUAAAUCACAAACAGGAGGGUAUUUCGAGGAACAACUAGAAGCUGCUCGUAGAGCAAGUGAUGUGAAGAAACUUCUCUUUGAUGGAGCUCCGGCAGCCUUAGUCAGCUUAAUCGGGCAGAAGCAGUACAAACGUUGUGCCAGUGAUAUAUAUUACUUUAGUCAGUCUUCUGUAUGUGUGAAGCAACUUGCUUAUGCAAUCCUUGAACUUCUCCUUAUAUCCGUAUUCCCCGAAUUGCGCAAUGUCGUCAUGAGUGUUCAUGAGAAUAUGCAUGUUCAUCGGCCUGUAUAG